AGAGAGUGGCUAGAGCCCGCGGUCUCCUUGGAAACGUGCUGACCAAUAGCAGCAGCGGAAGCUGUUUAUGGGGGCGGAGCGUCGCCAUGACAGCAGAAGAAGCCUUUGCAGCGGCUACUUAAUGCCGGUCCGGGGGCUACGGGCGCUCAGAGAGGCGCCGUCGGGCGGGGGGGGCGACAAGAGGCGCUGGCGGGGCCCUCGAGCUGGGAACAGAGAGCCGUGGGGGGUGGAAGGAACUUCUUCCAGAACCUUCCUUUGGCCCGGGCUGCGCUCUGAGCCAGCAGAUACCGCAUUCAUAUUCGGAGGAGACGACCCCCUGGUCGCCGCGGGAUGGAAGCGCGCGUCCGGGAGGCCCUGUAACUGGAGCCGCGGCAGUCAGAGAGCUAGAGAGCGCGGCGCGCUACCCCCGGCUCAGCCCGUGGAUGUUGACCGCCCCCUCGGAGAGUCCCCGCAGACAUGGCGGAGAGCUGGCUACGCCUCUCGGGUGCAGGGGCGGCGGAGGAGGCCGGGCCAGAGGGCGGUCUGGAGGAGCCCGACGCCCUGGAUGACAGCCUGACCAGCCUGCAGUGGCUGCAGGAAUUCUCCAUUCUCAACGCCAAGGCCCCCGCCCUGCCGCCGGGGGGCACCGACCCCCACGGCUACCACCAGGUGCCAGGCUCGGCCGCGCCGGGGUCCCCGCUGGCGGCCGAUCCAGCCUGCCUGGGGCAGCCGCACACUCCUGGUAAGCCCACAUCGUCGUGCACGUCGCGGAGCGCGCCCCCGGGGUUGCAGGCCCCGCCCCCCGACGACGUGGACUACGCCACCAACCCGAAUGUGAAGCCGCCUUACUCUUACGCCACGCUCAUCUGCAUGGCCAUGCAGGCCAGCAAGGCCACCAAGAUCACCCUGUCGGCCAUCUACAAGUGGAUCACGGACAACUUCUGCUACUUCCGCCACGCUGAUCCCACCUGGCAGAAUUCCAUCCGCCACAACCUCUCCCUGAACAAGUGCUUCAUCAAAGUACCCCGGGAGAAGGACGAGCCGGGCAAGGGGGGCUUCUGGCGCAUCGACCCCCAGUACGCCGAGCGGCUGCUCAGCGGGGCCUUCAAGAAGCGGCGGCUGCCCCCGGUCCACAUCCACCCGGCCUUUGCCCGCCAGGCCUCGCAGGAGCCCCGCGCCGCCCCGUGGGCCGGGCCGCUGACCGUCAACACCGAGGCCCAGCAGCUGCUGCGGGAGUUCGAGGAGGCCACCGGGGAGGCGGGCUGGGGGGCGGGCGAGGGCAGGCUCGGCCAUAAGCGCAAACAGCCGCUGCCCAAGCGGGUGGCCAAGGUCCCGCGGGCCCCCAGCACCCUGCUGCUGACCCAGGAGGAGCAGGGCGAGCUGGAGCCCCUCAAAGGCAACUUUGACUGGGAGGCGAUCUUCGAGGCCGGCGCCCUGGGCGGCGAGCUGGGCGCGCUGGAGGCCUUGGAGCUGAGCCCGCCGCUGAGCCCCGCCUCGCACGGGGACGUGGACCUCACCGUCCACGGCCGCCACAUCGACUGCCCCGCCACCUGGGGGCCUCCGGGGGAGCAGGCCGCCGACAGCCUGGACUUCGACGAGACCUUCCUGGCCACGUCCUUCCUGCAGCACCCCUGGGACGAGAGCGGCAGUGGCUGCCUGCCCCCGGAGCCCCUCUUCGAGGCCGGGGACGCCACCCUGGCGGCCGACCUGCAGGACUGGGCCAGUGUGGGCGCCUUCUUGUAAGAGGCCGGGCCCCGCCCCACCUCCGGACAGUGCCCAGGUCAGGGCCCAGACUGCCCCCCAGCACAGGCCCCCGGGGACACCCUACCGCCCAGGCGGGGGCUGGGCCAGGUCUCCCGAGGCUGGCCCCACGAGGCCCCACGGCCCCCAGCCCAGGCUGCCCUCAGAUUCCGGCCCCGGAGGCUGAGAACGGGGGAGGGGGGGCCCAGGUCCAGAAUUGCUGCCUCCCCGGCCCCCCCGCCCCCCAUACACACAGUGUUUCAUGGCUCCUCCUCUCGCCAGCCCCCCGCAAAGGGCUCAGGGCCCUGCCCUAUGGGAGCUGCACCUGGAGGGGCCCUGGCCAAGCUGGGGAGCAACGGCACAGGGCCCGCCCCAGGGCACCUCAGCUUCGACACCUCUCCCUCUCCCGCUGUCCUCCCCAGGUCUCUAUCCAGAAAAAGUUCCCGGGUACAACAAAUGCUAAUUAGGUGACAGCAAAUUAACCCCCUGGAGGCCUCUCCCGGCAAAGCCUCCCUGGGGCUGGGGAAGGGUGGGGGCGGGGUGGGGCUGGGGGGGAGGAGGCAGAGGGCCCUCGCA